AAAUAGGCAAAUAACAGCCAACCCAAACAGCUGAAAGUUUCAUGUGUAGUAGGUCCAUGAUUAAAUGCAAACCAUAGUAUAAUUCUGUCUGGAAAAAUAUUUUUAAACGCCCUUGUCUCUGGUGUGACAUAAGAGUUUUGUCAUAAUUUUUUGUGAAUGAAUCCCGGGAAUUAAUGUACUCUAAUCCGAACGGGAAUUUCCCUGGCAUACUGGCCACGCCCACAAUAUACGUGAAUGUCAUCGAGAUUCUUCAUUAUCUACCUAGCUUUUACCGCACAGUCAAAAAUUUUACUCCGGGAAAAUGGAAGAAGAGAUGAGAUUAGGUAACCGUGACAGAGGAUGGAAUGACCCCCCAAGUUUUUCUUAUGACAAGACUUCUCAGACCACACCAAGAAAGAACCUUCUCAACCAAAGGGUGGCUAUGCCUCAAAACUACCCAUCUCCUAGUACAGCGACCCUCUCUCCUGCCUCUGGCCCUCCCUCAUCCACUGGUCCUCCUCUGUCUACUGGAAAAUCACCAUUUACUGGAUCUACCUUGACCUCUGGACCUCCCCCUUCUACCGGUCCACCUACUGGUCCCCCUCUUCCAUCAUCUUUAAGCCUCCCAGGAACAGGUCCAAGCAGAGCUAUGACAUCAUCAGGGAAAUCUCCUGUUUGUGAUGAUGGAGAUGGAGAGGAUGUUUCUUGUGAAGCAACAGUUGCCAUGUUCAGGAAAGUCUUCGAAGAAUGCCAAGAUAAAUUACAGAAACGUGUAAUAUCAGAUAUUGAGCGGAGACUAAAGCUGUUAGAAGAUUCUUGGCAGAAUAAGAAGUUGUCAUCACCUGUCCAAAAGAGGACUUCUAGAUUAGCUACAGAGUUAAAGGCAAGGAAGUAUGACAGUGCUCAUGAAAUUCAUCUUUCCUUAAUGGUAGACCAUGUUAGUGAGGUUAGCCAAUGGAUGGUGGGGAUUAAGAGAUUGAUUCAUGAAGCAAGGAUAAUCCUACCAUUCACAGAAUUAGAAACACGGGAUAGUAUAAGUGCUGAAGAUAGACCAAGAACUAUAGACCAGGACCAGGAACCAUCUGUUCCUACUGCCAAGGGUGAAGAUAGACCAAGAACUGUAGACCAGGUCCAGGAACAUUCUUCUGUUCCUACUAUUAAUGAUAAAGACAAGGUCCAGGAACUCUCUUCUAUACCUACUGCCAAGGGUGAAGAUAAACCAGGAACUGUAGACCAGGUCCAGGAACCAUCUUCUGUUCCUACUGCCAAGGGUGAUGCCGAUUCAUCUAUUCAGGGUCCAAGCGAGAGUGAUUGUAAUGAAGAAUCAAGGAAAGAAACUGAAGAGGUGGAGGAGGAUAGGAAAGGAAUGGAAAAUUUGAACAUCACUAAGAGUUGAGAUACAGAGACAAUUCAGCAUGAAAAACUCUUUGGACCAAGAUGAAGAAGGAGGACCAUUAUUUUUCAAAGAAGAUAAGGAUGAUUGGGGUUUGGAGCAGUUCUACCAAGAUUCUACCCCUAACAUACAAGCAGAGGCAUGCUAGACACUUAUUAGUGAAGGUUUGGUGAAAACCAUUUUAGAGUAAUACUCAUAAAUCAGUGAUAUGUAAUUUUCAAUAUCUGUGAAUUCACAUGUACAUUUGUCAUUAUGAUUAAAUAUUAUUCAAAAGUAUUCAUAGAAUACAUAUUUUACAGGGGCCGUGGAAACGGGGGUGGGGGUGCGGGUUGGGCUUCAGCCCCCUACUUUUUUCCAAAACCCUGUACAAAAAUGACCAUCUGAUUUUUUGCAGGGUCAGCCCCCCAAAUUUCAAAACCGUUCCGCAGCCCCUGUUUUAUACAUCAUAAACAUAAAAUUGACAAACUAUGAACUUCAUCAUAAUGAGAAUUUCUUGGUGUUUGUAUUUGAUAUCACAAACAAAAUUAUAACUAUUAUUACAACAAUUUUCACCAAACUUUCAUUGAUAUCUCUCCCUUUUCUGCUUUUUAGACAACCAACUUAUUGUUAAGGUGAACUUCCUUUUAGAGACAGGAUACUAAUCUCACUCAAUAUAUAUUUUUUUAGUCAGAAGUAUUAUCCCAUAAUUUGGACAUGAAUUUGGAGAUCUACAGUGCGUCCCAAAAAAAACUAUACACUUUUGAAAUGGCUGCCAAAUAAAAAAUGUAGCUCUUUGGGGGAAAAGACUUAUAGAUAUGGAAAGCCAAUAAAGUCAACUUUCAAAUGACACCAAAAAGUUGGAAAACUAAUCAUGCUUGAGCGAGCAUUGCCCACUGAAACAAAGGGUAUGAAAAUUAGGGUGGGCUGGAAUUAGCCUUCCAAUUUAUGUCAGUUUUUGAAAGGCGAAUCAUUUAAUGAUCAACCGUGACCAGUUUUGGUUGCUUAAGCAAAUUUUAUGAAUUAUUAAAUUGAACUUUAAUGCAUGAGUGAACACAAAUUACACUUUUUUUGCAGCAUUUCAACUUUAUCAUUUGGAUAUCUUUUGGGCAGCAUUUCAACUUUAUCAUUUGGAUAUCUUUUGGGCAGCAUUUCAACUUUAUCAUGUGGAUCUCAGCAAUGUGUUCAUGGGAGUCGGGAGAAUAGGGGGUGAGAUAGGAUUUAAGUGGGAGAAGUAGGUUGAUGGAAUAAGGGUCAACAGAACAUUCAGCCCCCGCCCCCCUCCCUCUUUCCCGCCCUCCCCUCCUGUUGAGAGACUGAUGGCUAUUGUCAUGUACGCAAAGUCCAGAGCAGAAAGUUGAUUUAAUUAUUAAUUCUGAAUUGGGGCAUCAACUUUUUCCUAUCAUUUAAUCAACAAUUUAUCAGUAAAUCAACUAAUUCAAUGUGCAAUGUGAUCAAUCAAACAUUCAUUUUUUAAAUAAAUUAUUUCAUUAAUCAUCAUAAUCAUUAAAUUUCUUGGUAAUCAUUCAAUAAAAAAACUGACCAUCAGCCACC